CACAGACGGAAGACCUCAGGCAGUGGUGAGGAUGGCGCUGCGCUGGGGCAUCGUGUCAGCUGGCUUAAUCGCCAGUGACUUUACCACCAUGCUGAGCUCCCUGCCUCCCUCGGAGCACCAGGUGGUAGCAGUGGCUGCGAGGGACCUGAGCAGGGCGAAGGCGUUUGCCCAGAAACACAACAUCCCCAAGGCAUAUGGCUCCUAUGAGGAGCUAGCAAAGGACCCAGACGUGGAGGUGGCCUACGUCGCCACCCAGCACCCCCAGCACAAGUCAGUGGUGCUCCUCUGCCUGGCAGCGGGCAAGGCUGUCCUUUGCGAGAAACCCAUGGGUGUGAAUGCAGCAGAAGUUCGGGAGAUGGCUGCAGAGGCCCGUUCUCAGGGCAUCUUCCUGAUGGAGGCCUUGUGGAGCCGGUUUUUUCCUGCCAUGGAGGCUCUGCGGGAAGUUUUGGUCCAAGGAACUGUUGGGAACCUACGAGUGGCCCGGGCAGAAAUGGGGCUAGAUUUAAACCGUUUACCCCGGUCCAGAGACUGGAGCCAGGCCGGCGGCGGCCUGCUGGAUCUAGGCAUCUACUGCGUCCAGUUUCUCUCCAUGGUCUUUGGUGCGCAGAAGCCAGAGAAGAUUUCGGCCGUGGGAAGGAUCCAUGAAACAGGUGUGGAUGACACUGUCAGUGUGCUUCUUCAGUACCCAGGAGGGGUCCAUGGCAGCCUCACCUGCAGCAUCACCUCCAACCUCACUAACACAGCAUAUGUGGCUGGCACCAAGGGCAUGGCCCAGAUUCGCAAAACAUGGUGCCCAACAGAGCUGGUGGUGAAUGACAAGCAUAAAGAGUUCCCUUCGCCUGUCCUCAGGAAAGAGUACAAUUUUUUAAAUUCAUCGUGCUUGAGUUAUGAAGCCAACCACGUCCGUGAGUGCCUGCGUAAAGGUCUUAAGGAAAGUCCUGUAAUUCCUCUGGCAGAGAGUGAGCUCUUGGCUGAAAUCCUGGAGGAGGUGAGGAAGGCUAUUGGAGUCGUCUUCCCCCAGGAUAAAUGAUGAUGGACAUGGCAAGCAAUAAUUUUUCAUACUUGAGGCAUCCUAGCUUGACCCUCUUUGCUUUGGAGUUAUUUUUGUACAACAGUUCAAGUGCUCAUGUUGGAAACCACUCCCUUUCUGGGCUCCUGAAAGUCACCUUGCUUUUGUUCUUACUGUACAUUCUAUCAUCACCUGCCCUCAGAUUCACCAGGAUGCUGCUUUGGGAAGCGUGAAUGAAAGGGGUUUCUGGUCCAAGGGGAUCUUGGCGAUCUGGAGCCAAGGAAUACCAUAGUCACACCAUGCAACAAACUUCACACAAGAGGUUUAUUGGGAAGAAACCCAGAAUGGCAGCUACCUCUGACCAGAACAAAGAGAGCAGUGGGCUGGGCAGAGGAGCAGGCUUUUGUAUGGUCUUUGAAGCAUGCACAUUAAGCUAGUAGAAAUGUAUAAGAACAGUCAGAAGUACUACUAGGCCAUUAAUCCUGGGUCAUGGGGGUGAGGAUUUCAAAGUCCCAGGUUUGGGGACAGUCCAGGGGCAGGGUGAUUUUCCACUGGCCUGUUACUCUACAGUGAGAAACCCAAAAUAGCCUUGAAGGAAUGUGAAA